AAUCCAUCAAUUAUCAUCAUCGCGGAUGCAUAACUCUUCAUUGAAUGGCAAUGGUAUUGAAUGAUAAACAUCAAAUACAUAGUCCUUUGAUACGGACAUUUGUCAAAUUUCAUGGAUCAUUUGGUGUACGAUUAUCAACAAUCUGUUGGAAUGAUUGGCAUUCAAUUCUACGAUUAUCAAUCAAUGUAUUAUUGAAUAUAUUGACUAUUUAUGGAAUGUAUCUUGAAUCGGAUCAUACAUUUGGUUCAUAUCGUACACGAUCAUAUCUUUAUGUACAUUUUCAUCGUGCUAGUAUUGUUGUAUCAUAUCCAUUAUGUUAUUUUAUAACAAUUAUUUGUUAUCAUUGUUAUGGUCAUCAUAUUGUUCAACAAUUAGAUUCACCUAUAUUCAAACAGAUUCAAUUACCUGUUAAUCAACAACAAUUAAAAUCGAUCAUUAUAUUUAUAAUCAUUAAACUGGUUUGGGAUUAUCGUUUUAUUGUUCGACAUUUAAUGAAAAGUUUUAAUUCGGAUUGGAAUUUUAACAUUGUUAUUUGGUCAAUAUAUUUAUAUGAUACAUCACAGAUGAUCAAUUGGUAUAUAUUAUUCUAUUAUCAAUGGAUUACAUAUUUAUCAUUUCGAAAAUUAAUUUCAAAAUUAUCAACAACAACAACAACAAAACAUCAACGAAAAACAAAUAAUAAUAAUUUUACGAUUGAAAAACGUUUAUUUUGUUCAAUCAGAAAUCUUUCUCAAUCAAAUCGUCAACUACAAUAUUAUUGUUCAUAUUUAUUAAUUGCUAUAUUGAUUGAACAGAUAAAUUCGAUUAUAUAUUCUCUUCUUUACAUAAUAAUUGAUCCAUAUAAAAGUGGUGUUAUAAUUCCGAGUGUUAUUACACAAACAUUACGUUCAACUAUUUGUUUUUUAUUGGUUCGAAUUAAUCGUAAAAAUUUACAAUUUUUCGACCGAAUUUAUCAUUAUUUUCGUUUGAAAUUUAUUGGUAACCAUAAUGAUCAAAAUAAUCAAAUUUCGAUACGUUAUUCAAAAUUCAAUCAAUCAAUAAUUUAUCGUAAAUAUUUUCAAUUAUCAAUAUUUCAAUGGCUUAAUAUUGAUUAUUUAUUUCUUAUUCAUAUGUUUUCAUUUUCAUUGGGCUAUAUAAUUAUUAUUUCACAGACAACCAAUUAA